UUUAAAGAUAACACAUCACUUCCGGCAAAAUGAUCGCAGACAUUCAUCCACUGAUUCAGACGUUUUUAGGAACUUUAUUCACGUGGGGGUUAACUGCGUUAGGCUCAGCACUUGUUUUUGUUUUUCACAGUGGCCAGAGAAAAAUUCUUGAUGGCAGUCUGGGAUUUGCUGCAGGGGUGAUGACAGCAGCCUCGUAUUGGUCCCUGCUGGCACCAGCUAUAGAGAUGGCAGAGAGGUCAGGGAAAUAUGGAAGUGAAGGACAGUGGGCCUUUAUCCCUGUUGCUAUCGGUUUUACACUAGGUGCUGCAUUUGUUUAUGGAGCUGAUGUAUUUAUGCCAUACUUAGGAGCUGAUAGUACCACAAGUUUAGCCCUGACAAUAGAAACCAAUGCAAAGAUAGACAAAGAUGGUGCAACAACUGAUUCCAGUAUCCAGAUGCCAGUGUAUGAAGACGGACCAAGUUAUAGCAAUAAACCAUCAAGUGCCAAACAGAGGCGGCGUGUAGGUGAUCAGACUAUACCAAGCACAACAAACGAUGUAAGAUCUGAAGAAGGUUACUCUACGUCUAUCAGCUGGAAGAGAAUAAUGCUGCUAAUUAUUGCAAUAACUAUACAUAACAUACCAGAAGGAUUAGCUGUAGGUGUUGGUUUUGGAGCUAUAGGAAAAUCUCCAGCUGCUACUUUUGAAAAUGCCAGAAAUUUAGCAAUAGGAAUUGGCAUACAAAAUUUUCCAGAAGGAUUAGCAGUUAGUUUACCAUUAAAAGGCUCAGGAAUGUCUACAUUUAAAUGUUUUUGGUAUGGCCAGUUAAGUGGUAUAGUAGAACCAAUAGCUGGCAUGUUUGGGGCAAUAGCAGUUGUGAUAGCUGAACCAAUUCUUCCAUAUGCAUUAGCCUUUGCUGCCGGGGCAAUGAUUUAUGUUGUUGUUGAUGAUAUAAUACCUGAGGCUCAAACUUGUGGGAAUGGCAAAUUGGCAUCCUGGUCUUCUAUUCUUGGUUUUGUUGUAAUGAUGACUUUAGAUGUUGGUCUAGGAUAGUGUGUAAAUUUUCCUUGGAGAAGAAACUUUGACAUUCCAGAUUUCACUGUGACAUUGACUGUGAUGAUUCAGAGAAGACCGUGCAACAGUUCAGGGAUAACCCCAGUCUACACUGCCAAAAUUUGUUGGUUAUCUCAUUCUUGAGUGACUGGAAUAAUUUCCAGGAUUGUAUUCAAGCAUUUGAUGCUUGCAGAGAUACUUUUGCUUAAUAUCUGUAUUUAAACAAGCAAUUCUAAUGAAACUGCUAGUAUACUUGUGUUUACAGUGUAUCAGAAACUCAACAUGGCAUUGAGCUCAAACAAGUCCAGCCUUUUAUUUAUAGAUUAUGAUAUUGAUGUUAUUUUUUUUUUGUUUAUCAGAAAAUCUUUGAUGUUUUAUUAACAAAAUUUUGCAUGUCCUUCAUUUGUAUUGAUAAUCUCUGUUUCUUUAAUUUAGGGCUGUGGUUAUUACUUUUUUAUCAUUUUGAUUUAUUUACAUUUUGUUAAUUUUUAAUUUAGAAUAUUGUUAAUUGAUACAUGCUUUAUGUACAUUUAAUUAUUAGGGAUGAUCCUAGUGUAACUGGAUCAGUACAAUGAAUAUUGUAGGAUUAAGCUUGUGAUUAUUAGUCCCCUACAAGUGGAACACUGGAGGGGGCUAUAGGAAUGCCCUCCGUCCAUUUGUCCAUCUGUCUGUGUGUCCGCAAAUCUGGAUCCUGCAAUCACUCAAAAAGUAUUCAAGCUAGGUUCGUAAAACUUGGUGUGUGAAUUGAGGGCAGUAUGUAGAUUAUGCAGGUACAUGACUUAUGCUUGUAGGUCAAACGUCAAGGUCACUAUUGAAGGUCAAAUAAAAAUUGUUUAUGCUCCAUAACUUAUAUGCAUUGACGGAUUAUCUUUGUGCUACACAGAAGUUGCCCGUGAUGAGACAGUUUGUCAACACAUGAUCUUUGCUUGUCAGUUAAAGGUUAAGGUCACUGUUCAAGGUCAAGCAAAAAUUUGUGUCCACUCCAUAAAUUUUAAUUGCAUUGAAGGAUUUUUAUUAGUACACAGAAAUGUUCCCCAUGAUUGGACUAUGUGUCGCACACAUGACCCAUGGUUAUUGGUUAAAGUUCAAGGUCACUAUUGAAAGUUUUCCACCGGUAUGGGACUUCUGUAUUGCCACUGCAAUACUCAGUCACUUGUUUUGUUUGAAUAUUCAGAUUCUCUGAUUUACUAAACAUUUUAACAAUAAAGAUUCUCUUGAAAAACUUACAGAAAUAUUUAUUGUAAUAACUGGUUUCAGAGUAUGAUAUACUGGUGUGAGAACAUCCUUAAAAAUGCUAUGUUUUUAAAUGAUGUUUUUAAUGAUGAGUUUUUUUCACUUAACAGAAACAGCACCGCUUUUUAUACGCCCAAAGGGACAUAUUAUGUUAUGGUCCCAGUGUCCAUCCGUCCAUUAGCAAUUUCCUGCCCGCUCUGUAACUCUUGAACCCCUUGAAGGAUUUUAAAGAAACUUGACACAAAUGUUCACCACACCGAGAUGACGUGCAGAGCGCAUGUUUUGGAUGUCUCAAUUCAAGGUCAAGGUCACACUUAGGAGUCAAAGGUCAUAUGAGUGUGUUUUGUGUCCGCUCUGUAACUCUUGAAGUGCUCGAAGGAUUUCAAAGAAAAUUGGCACAAAUGUUCACCACACUGAGACGACGUGCACAGUGCAUGUUUUGGAUGUCUCAUUUCAAGGUCAAGGUCACACUUAGGGGUCAAAGGUUAUAUGAGUGUGUUUCAUGUCCGCUCUGUAACUCUUGAACUGCUUGAAGGAUUUCAAAGAAACUUGGCACAAAUGUUCACCACACAGAGACGACAUGCAGAGCUCUUGUUUUGGAUGACUAACUUCAAGGUCAAGGUCACACUUAAGAGUUUAAGGUCAUAUGUGACUUUGAUGUUUCUGCUCUGUAACUCUUGAACUGCUUGAAGGAUUUCAAAGAAACUUGGCACAAAUGUUCACCACACUCAGGCAACAUGCAGAGCACAAGUUUUGGAUGACUCACUUCAAGGUCAAGGUCACACUUAGGGGUCAAAGGUCAUAUAUGACUUUGCUUUGUAUAUAUUGCUAUGCAUUGCAGUGCUCUUGUUAUGUCUCCCCCAGGAGACAUAUUGUUUUUGCCCUGUCCGUCCGUCCGUCCGUCACACUUCAUUUCCGAGCAAAAACUGGAGAACCAAUUGACCUAGAACCUUCAAACUUCAUGGGGUUAUAGGGCUGCUGGAGUAGACGACCCCUAUUGUUUUUGGGGUCACUCCAUCAAAGGUCAAGGUCACAGGGGCCUGAACAUUGAAAACCAUUUCCGAUCAAUAACUAGAGAACCACUUGACCCAGAAUGUUGAAACUUCAUAGGAUGAUUGGUCAUGAAGAUUAGAUGACCCCUAUUGAUUUUGGGAUCACUCCAUCAAAGGUCAAGGUCACAGGGGCCUGAACAUUGAAAACCAUUUCCGAUCAAUAACUAGAGAACCACUUGACCCAGAAUGUUGAAACUUCAUAGGAUGAUUGGUCAUGAAGAGGAGAUGACCCCUAUUGAUUUUGGGGUCACUCCGUCAAAGGUCAAGGUCACAGGGGCCUGAACAUUGAAAACCAUUUCUGAUCAAUAACUAGAGAACCACUUGACCCAGAAUGUUGAAACUUCAUAGGAUGAUUGUACAUGCAAAGUAGAUGACCCCUAUCUAUUUUGGGGUCACUCCAUUAAAGGUCAAGGUCACAGGGGCCUGAACAUUGAAAACCAUUUCCGGUCAGUAACUUGAGAACCACUUGACCCAGAAUGUUGAAACUUAAUAGGAUGAUUGGUCAUAAAGAGUAGAUGACCCCUAACGAUUUUGGGGUCACUCUGUGAAAGGUCAAGGUCACAGGGGCCCGAACAUUGAAAACCAUUUCCGGUCAGUAACUUGAGAACCACUUGACCCAGAAUGAUGAAACUUCGUAGCAUGAUUGGUCAUGCAGAGUAGAUGAACCCUAACGAUUUUAGGGUCACUCUGUUAAAGGUCAAGGCCACAGGGGCCUGAACAUGGAAACCAUUUCCAAUCAAUAACUUGAGAACCUCUCGACCCAGAAUGUUGAAACUUCAUAGGAUGAUUGUUCAUGCAGAGUAAAUGACCCUUAUUGUUUUUCGGGUCACUCCGUUAAAGGUCAAGGUCACAGGGGCCUGAACAUUGAUAACCAGUUCUCAUCAAUAACUUGAGAACCACUUGACCCAGAAUGUUGAAACUUCAUAGGAUGAUUGAACAUGCAGAGUAGAUGACCCCUAUUGAUUUUGGGGUCAGUCUAUUAAAGGUCAAGGUCACAGUGGCCUGUUCAUGUAAAAUCAUAUUUUGGAAAUAACUUGAGAACCACUUGACUUACAAUGUUGAAACUUAAUAGAAUGAUUGGACAUGCAGAGUAGAUGACCCCUAUUUAUUUUGAGGUCACUUGAUCAAAGGUCAAGGUCACAGGAGCCUGAACAGUGACUUGAGAACCACUAGGCCACGAUAGUUGAAAUUUAGCGGGAUGACUGGACAUGCCAAGUAGAUGAUCCCUAUUGCAGCCAACCAUCAUUGUCUCUUUGACUUUCGCUCCUGACCCCUAUUGACUUCUUGCCUAUAGGACUUUGCAUUGGGGGAGACAUGCGCUUUUUUACAAAAGCAUUUUCUAGUUUUUAUUUGGCAAAUCCCUUUUUGUUCUCUUACAAUAAUGUUUUUUUUAAUUACUUCCCUUUUUUGUUACUAUAUAUACCUUAUUUUGAAACUUUUUAUUAUUGGCUGUAGGGAAAAACCGAGACCACUUUUCUGUGGUACAACAUGGAUGAUACAUCCAAUUUUUAGAUGUAUUUUGACAUAACUUUAUCUGGUAAGAAUUGUUUGUGGACUUAGAAUUUUUUUUUUGGAAUUUCUUCUUUUUGUUGUUCCUGUCCUUUGGGCUUCAACUGUCAUGUUCUUUAAAUUUUGCUACCAUCCUGUAAUGUAACCCUUCGGGCGGCGCUCUUGUUUGCCAGUAUUUUAGACCUUACAUGAAACACAUUUCUUAAAUUUGGCACAUUGAGACAAUUAUCUUGUAAAUGUCAUAAAGAAAUUAAAAUUUAAAAAAUAUCUAAGCAAUAUUACAGUUAACCAAGUUAAAUGCCCACGAUUUGACUAUGUGUUGCGCAUAAUAUGGUUGUCAGUCAGAGGUCAGGGUCACUACUGAAGGUCAAGUAAAAUUGUUUCCGCUCCAUAACUUUUAUGUGCAUUGAUGGAUUAUCUUUAGUACUGUACACAAAUGUUCCCCAUGAUGAGAUGAUGUUCAUGAUCUAUGCUUGUAGGUCAAGGUCACUAUUGAAAUUUAAGUAAACAUAGUUUUUGUUUCUUAGCUCCUAAAUGCCUUGAAUCAUUUUAGUCCACUACAGAUGGAACACUGGAGGGGACUAAAAGGAAUGCCCUCCAUUCAUCUGUCUUUUCAUCCAUCCACCUGACCAUCUGCAAAUCUGGAUCCUGUGAUUACUCAAACAGUAUUAAGUAUCUGAUGGCUUCAGCCCUUACCCUGCUAAAUUUCUAUAAUGAACUUGUCCAUCUUCCAAUAUGGACAGUACCAUUAACUGUUAAAAGAGGUGCUUACCAAAAAGAUAAUGAAGGAAUGGCGGACAGUGCAGAUCAUGAUCAGACUGCACGGAUUUGCAGGCAGAUCAUGAUCUACACUGGUCGCAAAGGUAGAAUCAGUUGUUUUCAGCAUGGUAAGGGUUAAGCAACAUGUCAGCUAACUCCCCAAUUUGACAGUUUUUUAUUUUCACCUGCCUUAAACAGCCACAAUGUGUCGGUCCUUGGCUGAGUGUUUAAAAACAAAUUUGACUGGAACUCAGUUUAUCUGUAAUUUUAUCAUGUUAUAAGUAAUAGAGCUUUUAAAAUAUGUGUAUAAUUUCAAAACUGUUGAAGUGAUUUCAAAAUACUGACAAAAACAAGUAUUCAAUUUGUUUAAUAAAUUCAAUAUAAAAGCCAUUCCUGUAAUGUUUAUAUCAUGGGCAUGAAGUUUUGUGAUUUUGCCCUUAAGUUCACCUAUGGAUGAUUUUAGUGAUACGCUUUUUAGCUCAGAAGUGACAAGGUGAGCUAUUGUGACCGCUUGAUGUCCGUUGUCUGUCGUCAGUCUUCCGUCGUGCGUCAACAAUUUCUAAAAAAAUCUUCUUCUUGAAAAACACUGGGCAGAAUUACACCAAACGUCACAGGAAUGAUCCUUGGAUGGCCCCCUUUCAAAAUUUUUCAAAGAAUUGAAUUCCAUACAGAACUCUGGUUGCCAUGGCAACCGAAAGGAAAAGCUUUAAAAAUCUUCUUGUCCAAAACCACAGGGCCUAGGGCUUUGAUAUCCGGUUUGUAGCAUGAUCUAGUGGUCCUCUACCAAAAUUGUUCAAAUUAUCCCCCAAGGGUCAAAUAUGGCCCAGCCCCGGGGGAUCACAUGGUUUAUAUACUUGUAUAGGGAAAACUUCGAAAAUCUUCUUGUACAAAACCACAUGGCCUAGGGCUUUGAUAUUUGAUAUGUAGCAUCAUCUAGUGGUCCGCUACCAAGAUUGUUCAAAUUAUCCCCCUAGGGUCAAAUGUGGCCCCGCCCCAGGGGUCCAAAGUUUUACAUAGACUUAUAUAGGAAAAAUAGUUUAAAAAACUUCUUGAAACCACAACACUUAGACCUUUGAUUUGUUGCAUUGUCUUAUGGUCCUCAACCAAAAUUGUUCAAAUUGUACCCCUUGGGUGAAAAGAGGCCCUGCCCUGGGGUCCCAAGUUUUAUAUAGACUUAUAUAGGAAAAAGGUUUAAAAAUCUUCUUGUCUGAAACCAUACGACCUAGGCUUUUGAUAUUUGGUAUGAUGCAUUGUCUUGUAGUCCUCUACCAAAAUUAUUAAAAUUAUGCCCCUGGGUUAAAAGAGGCACCGCCCUGGGGUCACUUAGUUAUUAUAUGAGUUAUAUAUGAAAAAUACUUAAAAAAAUCAUCUGAUCCUAUUUCCAAGACUGUUUAAUUAUAAUUACCUGAUGACCCCAAGUAAUAUGAUAUCACUUGACUGUGACCUUGACCUACUGACCUACUUUUCUGUUUUUAGCUCACUUGAGCACAAAGUGCUCAAGGUGAGCUUUUGUGAUCGCCCUGUGUCCGUCGUCAGUCAUCUGUCGUCGUCAACAAUUUGACUAUUAACACUCUAGAGGUCACAAUUUUGGCCUAAUCUUAAUGAAACUUGGUCAGAAUGUUACCCUCAAUAAAAUCUUGGACAAGUUGGAUAUUGGGUCAUCUGGGGUCAAAAACUAGGUCACCAGGUCAGAUCAAAGGAAAAGCUUGUUAACACUCUAGAGGUCACAAUUUUGGCCCAAUCUUAAUGAAACUUGGUCAGAAUGUUACCCUUAAUAAAAUCCUGGAUGAGUUUGAUAUUGGGUCAUUUAGGGUCAGAAACUAGGUCACCAGGUCAAAUCAAAGGAAAAGCUUGUUAACACUCUAGAAGUCACAAUUUCAGCCCAGUCUUAAUGAAACUUGGUCAGAAUGUUACCCUUAAUGAAAUCUUGGACGAGUUCGAUGUUGGGUCAUCUGGGGCCAAAAACUAGGUCACCAGGUCAAAUCAAAGAAAAAGAUUGUUAACACUCUAGAGGUCACAAUUUUGGCCCAAUUUUAAUGAAACUUGGUCAGAAUGUUACUCUCAAUAAAAUCUUAGACGAGUUUGAUAUUGGGUCAUCCGGGGUCAAAAACUAGGACACCAGGUCAAAUUAUAGGAAAAGCUUGUUAACACUGUAGAGGCCACAUUUAUUACUAUAUCUUCAUGAAACUCAUCCAGAAUGUUAAUCCUGAUGAUCUCGAGGUCCAGUUUGAACCUGGGUCAUGUAGGAUCAAAAACUAGGUCACCAGGUCAAAUCAUAGGAAAAGCUAGUUAACACUUUAGAUGCCACAUUUAUAACCCUAUCUUAAUGAAACUUGUUCAGAAUCUUAAUCUUGAUGAUCUAUAGGUCAAGUUCGAAUCUGGGUCAGGUAGGGUCAAAAACAAGGUCACUAGGUCAAAUAAAAGGAAAAGCUAGUUAACACUGUAGAGGCCACAUUUAUGACCAUAUCUUAAUGAAACUUGUUCAGAAUGGUAAUCUUCAUGAUCUAUAGGUCAAGUUCGAAUCUGGGUCAGGUAGGGUCAGAAACUAGGUCACUAGGUCAAAUCAAAGGAAAAGCUUAUUAACACUCUAGAGGCCACAUUUAUGAAUAUAUCUUCAUGAAACUUAGUCAGAAUAUUAAUCUUGAUGAUCUUUAGGUCAAGUUCGAAUCUGGGCCAUGUGGGGUCAAAAAACAAGGUCACCAGGUCAAAUCAAAGGAAAAGCUAGUUAACACUUUAGAAGCCACAUUUAUGACCAUAAUCUUAAUGAAACUUGGUCAGAAUGUUAAUCUUGAUGAUCUUUAGGUCAAUAGGUCAGGUGAGCGAUACAGGGCCUUCAUGGCCCUCUUGUUUAAUAUACAGCCUUGAAAUUUUGAUGUCAUGCACAGUUUUGCACACAAAUUGUAAAACUGAACUUCAUUGACCAUGAAUGUGACCUACUGACUUUCUUAAUAUUUUAUCAUCAGUUUGACAUUUGAAACAUGUAGCUCAUAUUACUCAGGUGAGCGAUCCAGGGUCAUCAUGACCCUCUUGUUUAAGUUUACCCUUGGAUGAUUCUAAUGAUGUCCAUCCUCAAGUUGACUCUGUGUUUAGUGUAAUUUAUUUUCCUUCCUCAAGUGGACUCUGUGUUUAGUGUAAUGUAUUUUCCUGCCUCAAGUGGACUCUGUGUUUAGUGUAAUGUAUUUUCCUUCCUCAAGUGGACUCUGUGUUUAGUGUAAUGUAUUUUCCUGCCUCAAAUGGACUCUGUGUUUAGUGUAAUGUAUUUUCCUGCCUCAAGUGGACUCUGUGUUUAGUGUAAUGUAUUUUCCUGCCUCAAGUGGACUCUGUGUUUAGUGUAAUGUAUUUUCCUGCCUCAAGUUGACUCUGUGUUUAGUGUAAUGUAUUUGCUGUGUAGUUUGUUAGCUAGAGAUAUUGGUCUGUGAUUAUUAUAUUUUUGUCUGGACAUAUUGAUUGUAGACUCAUGAACUGUAAAUUCUGUCUUCAUGGAAUUGAUAUCUUUAGUUCAUUUUAGUUAUUUUGGAACAUUUUGACAUGUUUUUUAUGCAAGAAUUAGUUUUCUUUAUGCACUAAUUUAUUUUUAGCUUGUAAAAGAGCCAUAUUUCUUGGAAGUAUGAUGAAAGAUCUGCUAAAGGGAGAAUUGACCUCAAACAGUUUGCAUGACUGCAGAUUAUCAACUUUUUGUAACAGGAUAGCUUUUACGUGAUAAUUAUUGUACAACAGAAGUCUUUAAGGUUAGUUUAGAUACUGUUUUUCAAGUUUUUUUUGGCUAAAUAGAUUUUAUUUGGAAAAAUGA